AAAGGACGGAGGGAGGCCAACAAAACAAAGAUGGAAUGGAACAAAAUCAAAUGCUACAACUGCCAAGAGACCGGACAUAUUGCCGCAAAUUGCCCUAGCAAGUCAAAUCUAUUCACAGAAGAAACUGAAUUGGUGUACAUGAAUGAGGACAAGUUGGAGAAGAAAAUCAACCCCCAGAUUACACGAUCCGGCACAGUGGAGGGAAAAGCAGUAGACGAGAUUGUCCUUGACACCGGUUGUGCCCGUUCGAUGGUGAGAAGUGAUCUGCUACCACAGAAGAAGCAACUAGGACGAGUUCGCAUCCGAUGUGCUCACGGAGACGUUCGAGAAUAUCCACUCGUAAGUGUAGAAAUUGGCCUCGGAGAAGGAAGACACCAAAUCGAAGCAGCAAUUUCAAAGACCCUCCCAGUACCAGUGCUACUCGGACGAGAUGUGGCAGGCCUACUCGAAAUGUUACAGAAUAAGGAAGGGACAGUUCGGACUGAAGAAGCCCUUGCCGUAAUGACCAGAGCCCAGGCCAAGAAAAACGAAGAAGAAAGAGUGGAGCUGGAGAAGAUACAACAACAGGAGGGAAUCAAACAGCCUACUACCACGUCCGACACAUCCACGGAUGAGAUGCCUGAUGACCAAGUGGCCAAGAUGGUUCCAAACACUCCCAACACUCCUGAUGACCAACAAGCCGAGAUGCUAACGGACUUGGACGUAACCGAUGACCAAAUUGCUGAGAUGCCAAUUGGCGCAGAGAUGGACCCAGAUCUUUUUCUCGAAGUAAAGAAACACCAGCAACUAACUAGGAGAGAGAGGAGGCAGCAGAGGCGUGAAGUGGCUCAAAACAAGCAGACACACCCCUUGGACCUGUCCCCCAUUGAGUUGCGACGAAUGCAGCAAGAAGAUGUCACGCUUAAAGGUAUUCGAGAAGCAAUGAACGGUGCUACUGGAGCCAGCAAGAUGGUCUUUCACAAAGAAAAUGGACUGAUUUACCGUCAAUGGAUCUCACCCCAUGGCGAAGACAGCAGCCCGAUACAGCAGUUGGUGCUACCAGAGUCGUGCCGUAGCCUAGUGAUGUCCCUUGCUCACCACAUUCCAAUGGCUGGCCACAUGGGGCAGCGAAAGACCGUAGAACGGAUUCUCCAGCGGUUCUAUUGGCCGACAGUAUUCGAAGAUGUGAAGAAGCUAUGCCAAUCGUGCGAAGAGUGUCAGAGGACAUCAAAGGGGAAAAAGCAGCGUGUACCAAUGAUUCCCCUACCCAUCAUUCGAGAGCCGUUUGAACGUAUUGCUAUGGAUAUCGUGGGUCCUCUUCCUCGUAGCCGCACGGAAAACCGCUACAUCCUGGUGAUUUGCGACUAUAGUACAAGGUACCCAGAAGCUGUCCCCCUACGAACCAUAGAUGCUGAGCACGUAGCCAAGGAGCUGAUAAUGUUUUUCUCAAGAGUAGGCAUACCCCGAGAGAUCCUGACUGAUCAAGGAGCUAAUUUCACAUCUGGAUUGCUAGCAGAGCUCUACCGCUUGUUGAAGAUACAGCCGAUCAAGACCAGCCCUUACCACCCUCAAACGGACGGAUUAGUAGAACGUUUCAAUCAAACCUUGAAGUCCAUGCUUCGCAAAACCGCCAAUGAAGAAGGAAAAGACUGGGACCAACUAAUUCCGUAUUUGCUGUUUGCCUACCGUGAAGUACCCCAGUCAUCAACCGGAUUUUCUCCCUUCGAACUAAUGUAUGGAAGGCAGGUGCGAGGACCUCUUGAUGUGCUCAAAGAAACGUGGGAAUCUAGCAAGAAAUCUACAGAGAGUGUCGUUUCUUAUGUCCUGACGAUUCAAGAAAAACUCGCCAAGAUGUCGGAGCUAGCUUGUGAGAAUCUGAAGAAGGCCCAAACAACCCAAAAGAAGUGGUAUGACCGAAAUGCACGAGAGAGGAAGCUGCAGGUAGAGGACAACGUACUAGUCCUUCUACCUUCCUCGACCAACAAACUCCUAGCGAAGUGGCAAGGUCCCUACCCCGUGAAGAAAGUGAUUUCACCGGUGACAUAUGAAGUGGACAUGUUCGAUCACAAGAAGCGGAGAAGAGUCUUCCACAUCAACAUGUUGCGAAAGUGGAAUACCCCCACGAUCCCAAACCUCUUGGCGGAGGAAGAGAGAGGAGAAUUAACGGAUGAACUCCCGUUGUGGAAAGAAAGUGACGGUAUCACAAAGAAGAUUGUCAUGGACAAGCGACUGGAAAAGACCCAACAGUAUGACCUCCGUCAGCUAACCAACGAAUUCGUAGAAGCUAUGCGAGACACCCCAGGACGGACAGCAAUCAUUGAGCACGACAUUGAAACCGGAACGGCACGCCCAAUCAGGUUGCCUCCUUACCGCUUACCUCAUGCCUAUCGAGAGACAGUGAAGAAAGAAAUUGCGGAAAUGCUAGAACAUGGAGUGAUCGAGCCUUCGACAAGUGAAUGGUCAGCCCCUAUUGUAUUGGUGAAGAAGAAAGAUGGUACUAUGCGAUUCUGCGUUGACUAUCGACGUCUAAAUGGAGUUUCUGAGCCAGAUGCAUACCCAAUGCCCCGCAUUGACGAGAUGAUCGACAGACUAGGCCAAGCUAAGUACAUCACCACUUUGGAUCUGACAAAAGGAUACUGGCAGGUACCCCUCACCAAGAAAGCCCAGACGAAGACGGCAUUUGUAACCCCUUUUGGUCUUUAUCACUUCAAUGUUAUGCCAUUUGGCUUGCAAGGCGCACCGGCAACUUUCCAGAGGCUAAUGGACCGGGUACUGCAAGGACUGGAAGAAUAUGCUGCAGCAUACCUAGAUGAUGUUGUAAUCUACAGCUCCAAUUGGAAGGACCACCUCUACCAUUUACGUCAGGUGCUGGAGCGGAUCCAAGAUGCCAGCCUAACCAUGAAGCUCAGCAAAUGUCAGUUUGGGAUGGCCCACUGUAUAUACCUAGGCCAUGUCGUUGGGAGUGGAGUGGUGAAACCAGAGGAAACAAAACUAGAGGCAAUGAGGGAAUUUCCAAGACCAAAAACGAAAAAAGAAGUGCGUUGUUUCCUUGGAUUAACUGGAUAUUACAGGAGGUUUAUCCCGGAUUUCGCCUCCAUUGCCGCCCCCCUGUCCGACCUCACCCGAAAGAAUUUAACCUCAACAGUAAUAUGGACACCAGCUUGUGAGACAGCAUUCCAGACCCUGAAGAAGCAGAUGUUGUCACAGCCGAUAUUGCACAAUCCAGACUUUUCGAGAGCCUUUGUCCUCCAAACCGAUGCAUCCCAGCGAGGUGUAGGGGCAGUCCUCAGCCAAACUGAUGGGGAUGGCGCUGAACACCCAGUAGGAUAUUUUAGCCGAAAACUCCUUAACCGAGAAGAACACUACUCGACCGUGGAGAAGGAGUGCCUGGCAAUUAAACUCGCUGUUGAAGCUUUCCGAGUCUACCUCCUAGGACGACCCUUUGUAAUCCAGACGGACCAUCACUCCCUGGAAUGGAUGGAGCGAAUGAAAGAGAACAACAAUCGUCUCAUCCGAUGGAGCGAGCCUGGCCUUGCAACCAUUCAACUUUUCUGUCCGCUAUCGGAAGGACAAAGACAACCAAAACGCAGACGCCCUCUCCCGAUUGCCUAUUUCUCACCCCGACAUGAAUGUCGCAGGAGAAGGGGAGAGGAAUGUGGUGAACUAGAACAUUCUGUGACUGGUUUAAUUAAGAACUAGAACAUUCCGUGGUAAAGGACCAGAACUUUAUGUGUUAAGAACCUUCCAGAGGUUCAGUAUUCUAGAACUUUGUGGGUGUUGUAGAACAAUCUAGAUUUUUGGUGCAUGUGGCUGUAUAAAAUAGCUAGAGAAGGAGUUAUGUUCAGUUCUGUUCUCAUGUUAAAGUUAUAGAAGACUCCUAUUUACUUGGAUCGUGUUCUGUUUAAGUCAACUGCGAGCCUUGGCGCAGCCGGGGGCGCAUGACAG